UAACUCGAGACAUUUACUUAAAAGUUAGGGUUUUGUCUUUUGUAUAAAAAACACAAGGCGAUAUAACGAUGGAGGAUAUUUUUCCAGAUUGGAUUACUGAGGACGAACCCCCAUAUAUACAGUACGAUGCUGGUUCAAUGCCUAAGAAUGCAUAUCCGUGGGUAAGACGCGGUGAGGAUGAGGGGCCUGAUCUCACCCCUGAUGAAGAGUUGCACCUCUUGACAAAACAAGUCACGGAGACACAGGGUUUCGACGUCGAUUUCAAGCAGUUCUGCUGCGUUUUUAAUUACCGACCCGUUGAUUAUGAUGACACCGCUUUCGUCGUGAAACCAGAAACCCCCAGAGAGUUAAUGGAUAGGCUGUCUCGGGAAUCCCUUGCGGGUUACAAUGAAAGAGAGGUUAUCAAAGCCAAUCUUUGCACUACUGGUACUCCUGCCGUAAUGUAUUUCAUUACCUUCGAAGGUAAGGAUCCUUCGUAUGAUCAGCCAAGAGAAUUCCGAGCUAAGGUCUUCUAUCUUUAUCAUUACCCGCCCAAGUACAUCUUUUGUGAUCUGAAACAUGAGAAAAUGGUACGUUUGCAAAAGUAAUUGUUUCUAUGUAAUAACAAGGCAGCUUUUGGAUCAAUCAUAUAUAGAUUGACAUAGGAACACAAAAUCCCUUGUGACAGUUGACCGAUGCUCAUAUAUACUUGUAUAAGGAGGACUUGUACUAUGCUUACUAGUAUUUGCCUUGUUUGUUUGGUGUUCUCAAAGCCCCAGAUUCUGAUAUGUUUGUUGUUCAAACUAUAACUAGCUAGGCUUCAGCUUCUUUGUUUUCCAGCAACAUUAAAAAUGUUAUUAUAAG